AACCUAACCUGUUUGUUUAGCGAGAGAAAAAUAGACUUUUUCUUUGGUGGAUUUUUCUUAAAAUUUCCCAAUGUCACAGGUUCACGAGACUCCUCUGUGAUUACUACACAUCUGCCCAGUCUUAUUCCAAUUCUACGAGAGUGAAGGCAAAGUGCGAAGAGUUUCUGGACCACAUCAAAAUUGGCAUUCCCUCAGCGGCGCGUGAGCAAUAGAAAUCAUGUCGCUAAUUGCUAAAUUAUCUCGCUUUGUGCGAAAGUCACCCCUCGCGGUGCAAGUAAGGCUGAGGAAUGUGAGGCAGCUGUCGUCGGGGUAUCAAAAGGCGCUGGCGAAAUACCCGCUGCUCACACAAUCAGUCCAGACGGGCAUUCUUAUGGCUUCGGGGGAUUUGAUUGCCCAAACAGUGGUGGAGAAAACGAGUAUAAACAAACUGGAUUAUCUCCGGACGGGGCAAUUUUUUGCCAUUGGACUGUGUAUGGCGGGACCCGGAUUGAGAUUCUGGUACGGAAUUCUCGAUCGACACAUCCACGGACGGAGCGUGAAGAUAAGAACGCUGAAGAAAGUGGCUCUGGAUCAGCUCGUCUUUGCGCCAGUGUUCAUGAUGGCCUUCCUGGGCGUCGUGGGCGCAAUGAAGGGUCAGCAAUUGCCUCAGAUCGAGGAGAAAAUCCGCGCGGACUAUGUGGACAUCCUCAAGACAAACUACUGCAUCUGGCCAUGGGUGCAAUUGGCUAAUUUCUCCGUGGUGCCGCUCAACUAUCAAGUAUUAGUUGUACAGUUUGUUGCCAUAUUCUGGAACACAUAUUUGUCGUGGAAGACGAACAAGGGCCACGAGAAUCUUGCCAUGUCGACAUGAGAAAUAUAAUAUAGAAAUUAGAGAGCGCAAUUGAUUUCUACAAUCAAGAAAUGAUUAAUCUUUUAAUCAAUUGACAGAGGUACACAAUGAUUUUUUGAUUACGAAAUUUUCUCUUAUUUUCUCUCACUGGAAUACAAUAUUUAAUCGUGCAACAGACAUAAAAUAGUAAAUAUAGUUAUAUUUUCACUUUGAAGUCAGAUGAUAGAAAACAAGAUUUUUCACUAGUAUUCACUUGUGAUGUGUAGGAAAUAUGCACAAUAAAUCCAAUAAUUAUUACACAAUUAGAUCCCAAUUUUUAUCAUGUUCCUAAAUAUUAUAAUCGUCUUUUCUCUUACGUAUAUCAACGCAAAAUGUUGC